AUGCAGGUCACCGUCUUAGGACUGCUGAUGGUGGUGGCUGUCGCUGAGUUUCUCAUUGGCCUGGUUGGAAAUGGAGUCCUUGUGGUCUGGAGUUUUGUAGGAUGGGUCAGGAAAUUCAAGGGGUCCUCCUACAACCUCAUUGUCCUGGGCCUGGCUGGCUGCCGAUUUCUGCUGCAGUGCUUGAUCAUGGUGGACUUAAUCGUGUUUUCCAUCUUCCAGAGCAGCUACUGGUUCCUCCGUCUCGGCGACCUCUGGGUAGUGGUCAGCCAGGCCAGCCUGUGGUUUGCCACAUUCCUCAGUCUCUUCUACUGCAAGAAGAUUGCCACCUUUGAACACCCGGUCUACCUGUGGCUGAAGCAGAGGGCCUAUGUCCUGAGUGCCGGGUGCGUUCUGGGGUGCCUUCUGAUCAAUCUGCUGCUCGUAACCCAGAUGGGCUUCAAUCCCUGCAGUGCUCCCCCAGGGAACAGCAGCGUGGCGCACCCCGCCGCGCACUGCCACUAUCUGUACAUAUUACAGCUCAACGCAGGAAGUGGGCUGCCCUUCUCGGUGUUUCUCAUUUCCUCCGGGGCGCUCAUCGUCUCUCUGUUUAGGCACCAUAAGAAGAUGAAGGUGCACACGGCUGGCAGGAAUGAUGCUCAGGCCACGGCUCACAUCAGGGUCCUGAAGUCCUUGGUCUGCUUCCUUGUGCUUUACCUGGUUUACGUCGUGGCCAGCCCCUACUCCAUCACCGCCAAGUCGUCCCCGGUUAGCCUCACCACCGUGCUCAUCUCGGAGACGCUGAUGGCCGCUUACCCUUCUCUGCACUCUGUCAUACUGAUCGCGGGGAACCCCAGGGUGAAGCAAGCGUGUCGGAGCACCCUGCGGAGGGCGGUGCGCGCGUGCCGGUCCUGA